UGACAGGAUGGCAGAGGAAAAGCGCCAGAGUCCUGGAAUUAAGAUCGGGACCGUUAUUCAAAGUCAGAUCGCGACUGACACCACACGGACCCCGGAGCGCACCGGAGCCGCGGCGCGUCGCGUUUGCUGAUGCGCGACCGGAACUUUUCCGCAAAUCCAAUUGCAUUCUUCUGUGAAAUACUCCUGGAAAAAAAGUAUGGAAAACAGCUGCUUCGAAGAAUCGUAAUUGCGGCGCGCUCAAAAGCACACGGGUAACUUCACUUUCCUUUAGAAACGCCACAAAGUGACAUUUCUGCGCGUCGCUCGUCUGCGCUCGUCACACGCGUAAAGUUUUUUAAAAGCGCUCCUUCGCUUUUAUUUGGGACGCGGAGGAAAGCAAAUGCGUGAUGGAAAUAAGACAUGAUGGAUUUAUGUUACCGCAUCAGUGACAGGGGUCCUGUCAUGUUUUAACGGAAGAGAAAGUGUUGCAGUCUAACGUGCUGAUCUAUCCAUUCAUACUUGGGAAGGAGUAACUGUGUUUCUCGGCGUUGAUACUGAAAGUUAUUAUCAGCCAGAAAAGCUUGCGCCCUGAUGUCAUGGGCUGACCUGGGACCGCACAGUUGAUAGUGUGGGGGACAAUGUCGGGACCCCGCGUCCUCGUCCCGUUUUGGGUUCGUGUGUUUCUCCUGCUGCUGCUUCACAGAGUCUCUGCAGGCUGUCCGGAGCUCCUUUCCAGCGGCUGCAGCUGCGCAGAGGACCGCGGUAAGGCUCACAGCGCGCCCGGGGCGCGGAGGAAAGUGAGCUGCGUUGGGAAGGAGCUCACCGAAACGCCCGAAGUCAGUCUGCUGCCCAACAGGACCGUCUCGCUAAACCUGAGCAACAAUCGCAUCCGCGUCCUGAAAAAUGGCUCCUUCGCUGGCUUGUGCUCCCUCGAGAAGCUGGAUCUCAGGAAUAACUUGAUCAGCACCAUCAUGCCUGGAGCCUUUCUGGGUCUCACAGCUCUUCGAAAACUUGACCUCUCCAGUAACCGAAUUGGCUGCCUGACCUCAGAAGUGUUCCAGGGACUUACCAACCUCACUAAAUUAAACAUCUCUGGAAACAUCUUUUCCUCUCUGGAUCCACAUUUGUUUAUGGAGUUACACUCUCUAAAGCUGGUAAACUUUCACUCUGAGUUCCUGUCAUGUGACUGCGGUCUGCGCUGGGUCCCAGGCUUCUUCCGCAGCAGUUCAGCUCGGCUUGGCGACGAAACACUGUGUGCGUAUCCCAGAAGACUUCAGAACAAACCCCUGCGAAUCCUCAGAGAGACUGACCUCAGCUGUGAGGGUCCGCUGGAGCUGCACACGCUGUCUCUGUUACCCUCGCUGCGGCAGGUCGUGUUUAAGGGAGACAGGCUGCCUUUCCACUGCACCGCUUCACUGGUGGACAAAAUCACUGCUCUUCACUGGCGUCACAAAGGACAGCCUGUCACCUCUGACCCCGCCAGCGGAGUUCAUCUGGAAGAGAGUGUACAGCAUGACUGCACCUUCAUCACCAGUGAGCUGAUCCUGUCAAACGUGCACGUGGAGGCGAGCGGUGAGUGGGAGUGUGUGGUGUCCACGGGCCGCGGGAACGCCUCUCGCAGCGUGGAGAUAGUGGUUCUGGAGAACAGCGCCUCCUUCUGUCCGGAGCAAAGAGUGACUAACAACCGAGGGGAGUUCAGGUGGCCCAGGACUCUGGCUGGCAUCACCUCCUACCAGCACUGCCUGCAGCUGCGCUACCCCUCCUUGACCAUAGGAGGCGGCGUGGAGCAGAAGAAGGCCUGGCGUAACUGUGACCGCUCUGGACGCUGGGAGGAGGGAGACUACUCUCAGUGCCUCUACACUAACGGCAUCACGCGCGUCCUGCAUACCUUCAUACUGAUGCCCAUGAAUGCCUCCAACGCGGUGACUCUGGCCCACCAGGUGCGUUCAUACACGCUGGAGGCCGCUGGCUUCACAGACACGGUGGAUGUUCUUUACGUGGCUCAGAUGAUGCACAAAUGCAUGGACUACGUGACAGAACUGCGUGAGCUGUCCGAGGUGCUGGUGGAAAUGGGCAGUAACCUGAUGCAGGUAGAUGAUCAGAUCCUGGCUCGAGCCCAGAGAGAGGAAAGAGCCUGCAGUUCAGUCGUCUACAUGCUGGAGACUCUCGCCUGGCCUCAGCUGCACUCUCACGCACAGGACUUCUCCAAAAGUUCUCGUAACAUCGUGAUGGAGGCUCACCUGAUUCGUCCCGCUCAUUUUACUGGCAUGAGCUGCACAGUUUAUCAGAGAAGAGAGGCGGCAGGAGGGAGCCAGGGGCAUGAUGGGAUUGAACCAUCUCUUGAGCAGCAACUGCGAUUUCGCUGCACCACAGGAACACACAACACCUCGCUGAAUGCUUUUCAUCUCAAGAAUGCAGUGGCCCUUGCUUCAGUGUCUCUCCCCGCGUCUCUUUUUCCGCCGAACGCUCCUCCUGACUGUAAGCUGCAGUUUGUGGCGUUUCGCAGCGGAAGAUUCUUCCCAUUUACCAGCAAUUUCACAGGGCAUUCGGACCUUGCCCGCAGACGUGGCGUCAACACUCCAGUUAUCUACGUUGGCCUUGAUGGAUGUAGCAUGUGGAAUCAGUCCGAUCCCGUUAUUGUGUCACUACGACACACGUCCCCUGGAAAUGACCCCGUUGCUGCCCACUGGAGCCUGCAGGCGCUGGAGCAUCAUGGGAGUUGGAGUCUGGAUGGCUGUCAGGUGGCCCAUACUGAUGCGUCCACCUCUACACUGCGCUGCUCUGUACUGAGCAAUUACGCUGUGCUUCAGGAGAUGCCAGAUUUCCCAGGUUCACCUUUGAUUCCAGUGGAAGUGCUCCAUCCGGUGAUCUACACCUGUACUGCAGUCCUGCUCCUCUGUCUCUUCACCAUCAUCAUCACCUACAUACUGCAUCACAGCUCUAUUAGAAUCACAAGGAAGAGUUGGCACACGCUGCUGAACACUAGUUUCCACAUCGCAAUGACGUCUGCAGUAUUUGCUGGAGGCAUCACUCUGACAGGCUACCCAGUCGUCUGCCAGGCAGUGGGGAUUGUUCUUCACUACUCUUCUCUGUCCACUUUGUUAUGGAUCGGAGUUAGCGCCAGAGUCAUAUAUAAAGAGGCCUUAUUAAGGACUCCACAGCAGCUAGAAGGAGAGUCUGCUGUACAACCGACCCAGCGGCCCAUGCUCAGGUUUUAUUUGAUAGCUGGUGGGGUCCCACUCAUCAUAUGUGGUAUCACUGCAGCUGUAAACAUCAAUAACUACGGAGACAACAUUCCUUACUGCUGGUUGGUAUGGCAACCCAGUUUCGGAGCCUUCUACAUUCCAGCAGGAUUGAUCAUUCUUGUGACCUGGAUCUACUUCCUGUGCACUGCUUUCUGCCUGAGGCGCCGAAACUUCCAGGAGUCCAAAGAUCCCCCUUGUUCCGCAUCCGACCCCUCAACCUUGCCUGAGAGCCAACCGGCAGUCAGCGGCAGCACCAGCCUGCUCUCGACAGACUCUGUGGUGAGCCCAGUGCAUGCUGGGACGGCAGUGGAAGACCAGUACUCAUUGAAGGUCCAAUGUUUGGCUCUGGUUGCAACGCAGUUUGUGUUUUUGGGGCUGUGGUGCUGCGGUGCAAUGGCCGUUUGGUACGUGGAUAGAGAGCGGAAACUCUUCAGCUGCCUUUAUGGAGGAACAGCUACUGGAUUAGGUAUCUUCUUGGUGCUCCAUCACUGUUUCAAGCGUUUGGAUGUCCAGGCAGCAUGGCUAAGUUGUUGCCCCGGGUACCGUCGCUCACAACCCAUGCCGGCUUAUUCCCACCCUUGCACUGCCACUGUAGGCGUCCAGAGUGCCUCGGAAAGGGGCUCACAACUUUUUGUAGGAUGCCACCCACCGACGGACACCAACAAUUACUCUUCUUCUGCCAGGUCGUCUUCUACUCAAAGUGGAAUGACGAGCAUCACCGCCGGGCCUUGCAAACUCACCAACCUCCUUCAAGUGACACAGGACAACACGAAUAACACCACCCGAGCGCCAACGGGAACUAAUACCAACACAAGCACGAGCACCGAGAACAACAAGCCUGCCAACAAUCUCCUGCCCAGUCUACUGCCCAUCCAGCAGCCUCAAAGAAGGAAGGCUUGUAGUAGAACAAGGGGUGGCAAUACCCAAUACCAUCACCGAGGGGACGGGAGAGGGCACUACCGCCUCAAAGCUCUCAGAGCGGGUGGAGGAGGUAGCAUGGGUGCUUUGGGACCUUCUGGGACAGAGCAAUCAAACAUCCACCAUCUACACAAACACGCUUCCAGCGAGAACGGAAGUCUACGGAAUAGCCAUUCUGAGGGUCAGAACGGACUUUUGACCAAUGGGCGACACAGAGGGGAGGGACUAGCGACGAGCCCUUCGGAAGGCAGCGAUGGAGGUAGCAGCGGAAGUAGAAAGCCGUUUCCCCUGUUGCCUUCAGCGGCGAGCAGGUCGGGCACGCAGCAGAACGCUCAACGGCGCAGCGCUAGCAAAGACAAUCUUAAACUGGCCGCCGCGGCUGAGAGAGAGUCCAAGCGGAGUUCGUUCCCUCUAAACGUGGCAUCAAAUGUCACUGCGACGGCCUCGUUGACGACAGUUUCAGCGCCAAAUGGAACACUAAAGGGAUCCGUAGUGGAACUAGACACUAGUGGAACUGACCAAUCACAGGGUUCGGUUGGUAUGAAGAGCAGGGUAUGGAAGAGUGAGACGACCGUAUAAUAGACUUUAAAGGUUUCUUGAAGGAGUGAACUGUAUGCUAGGAGCCAAUGCAUGGAUUUCUUUCUCCACAACCCCACUGAAAACCAGUCUAAGAUGGUUUGGGGGCUUAGUUGGUCUGUCUGGCUGGUGUUGGACAUUUUUCAGCCAAUAAACAUCAGCUUGGCUUGGAGACCGGCUAAGACCAUGAACCAAGUCUAAUAGUGUUGUAGAACUUAAGACUAGACGAAUGCAAUUUUUUAUGGUCUUUCUUUGGAUUUCGGUCUCAAGUACUACAUGAGUAGUCUGUACAUGCUUGCGCAUAUCUGCUCUGCGUACUGAAGCAGGUGACACUUGAGAAACCUUGCUUCAUUCAAGACCCUCUUCAAAUCUCUGUCGUGACACUAGACAGAUUUCAGAGUCCUAUUUCGGCCAGUUUUAAGUAUUACAACACUGAAGCUUAGGCUGGUUCAAUCAGGGUUUUUUUUUAGCAGGAAAGAGAAACAUAUGGCUUCCUUUAUGAUGAACCACCCAAACUUUCGAAGGGGUUUGAACCCUCCAACAUGCUAAGAGCUAAUGCUAAGCAUGCUAACAAGGAGAAAUUGUGUGAGGCUGUUUUAUUUGAAAAAAAUAAGGGGUGUGUAUGCAAAACCUGACUCCCUUAUAAAGACAGUGGUGGAGGACUUGGUUUGCCAAAAUAUGCAAAAUCAUUUUGAGUGCUUUUGUUAUCCUGUAAUACCACUUAACCUAACUACGGAGCCCUGCACAUGACAUGCAGGAAAAAAAAUAGGCUAGUAGGCUAAAUUUUGCGCACAAUAUACUAUUUAAUUCCCUAGAUUUAUAAAUUGUGCACUCAGUUUAUAAAUUAAGGGAACAAAUUAGUAAAAAUGUGCACGGUUUAGCAAAUCGAGAAAAUUAAAUAGUAAUCGUGUGAGCUAUUUAUGUUUAUUUUUUCCUGCAUGUCAUGUGCAGGGCUUCGGACCUAACGAACUGUUUAAACAUACUGAAUAUUUUAAUAUCGAAUACGCCAAGGGAACUGAACCUAAAGUUCAGCCAUUUAGCUGUGUUGAUCUUUGUUUCUGACUAUGCAUAUCGAUCAGGAUGGAGGGCCUUCUGCUUGUUACCUAAGCUUUUUUGUGCAGUCCCUUUGUGUCUUUGUCUUUUGUGUGUCCAUAUGUUUUUAUUUACGCUAUUUCAUUUACAUGUCUGUAAGAAUGUACAUUGUGUUAUGUAUGUAUUGUUUGACCAUUACAGUGUUAAUUCAACUCUCUGGCACUAAUAAGCAGCUUUUGACAUCGGUCCCAUACAAAUAUAGAAAACAAAGACUUGCCAUUGAUCCAUCCAUCCCCAACAUUUCCAUCCAAUUUUAACUGGUCCUGGGAAUGUCGUUCCUAUUCUUCUGAUGUCUUUCAGCAGAAAGUGAACUAUUGCAUGCAAUUUUUUAUGAAUAGAAACCCUUUUGGAAAAUGUUGCUUAACACUGCCCUCUAUCGGGCCAUUCCUGCCAUUGAUCAAAUGCACUGAUAAUGAAUGCUGUUGAUGGACAAAUGAUAUCAACAAAGUGACAGCUGCUCCGGAUGUCACUCCAUAUUUACUAAGGAAUUUGAUAAUGAAGGGCAAGUGUUUGUCCGUACAUGUUCUGUUGUAGCACCAUGUGUAACAUGGGCUUUUUUAGCACUUGGUUCAGGUUAUUAAGAGAGCAUUUGGCAUGUUCUUAUAAAUAAUAAUAACAUAUUUAUAUCAUACAUAUCAGUAUUAAUAGUGAUGUAAUUGCCAUUAUGCAAUUUUACGAUAUCAGUAUUUUACAGAGUAUCGACCUAAUCAGUUUUAUGAACUCUGUUUUAGUCUAAAAGCACACUAGCGAUCAAAGCUAGAUCUCCCACUAUUUUCCUUCAGAUUAUUACCAUACGUGGAGCAGGUUUUGUUUAUUACGAAACACUGUUCAUCCCACGAAUGGUUAGCAAGGCCUGCUAAUCAGCCUGAAAUGGUCAGUACUCCUUCUUAAGAUUAUGCAAAGAAUUUGUGACAAAAAAAUAUUUUCAAAAGGCAUUUUGUUUUUUAAGAAUGUCAAAAUGUAUUUUUCUCACAAAGCAAAGAAUGGACAAUCCCAACCAAAAACAAAAGGGGAAUUCAGAUCUUUGCACUGACUGCUUUUUUUCCCCCCCAAGGCCCACGAGCUAUCAGAUACUGACUGUAGAGCCAUUAUUUUUAGAUCACAUCAUGACCGAGUCACAAGUGUUGCCCGUCUUUAGCUUUAGCAACACUUUGAUUAAAAUAUAAUUACUUUAAAGUCUGUUCAGGGAUAUUUGUAUGCCAAAGAAGUUAUCUGAUAUUGUGUAGCGCCCCGUUUGUCUUUUACCCCUUCAAGCCAGAAAUCUCCCUUAAAGUUGUUAAACAUUUAAAGACCACAUGUUGCUAAAGGACCAGUUCUUCCUUUUCCCAAAUCAAAAAGCAUUUAAUGUCAUGAUGACCUGUGUGAUAAUUUUGUGAUUAAUGUAAGUUAAGCUAUUGGUUAUGAAGGCUUAUAAUCACCAUCGUGUCAAUACAGAUUGCAUUUUCUAUAUGAUUUUGGUUGUAUACGAUUUCAGUAGUUGUCAAUUGAAACUACAACAACGAAGAAUGUAGUUCACAAAUUCAUGGAAUCUAUGGCCUGCUCAAAGUUUGCCAUGUGUAUGUAAUACUUUUUUUUUUUUUCAUUUAAAAAAGAAUUUUGAAAUGGCUUGUUUGUGUUUGUAAUGGUUUCAUGUGACAUUGUGAUAUUUGCAUGAACAAUUUUCUUUGCCUCUGGGUAGGCCUAGAGCUUCUGAGGGUCAGUAUAAAUUCAGUGUUAUCCUAAAUAAUGAUGUUUUGAUUGUCAUCUCGAAGUUUAAAAGGGAGAUUUCAAUAGUAACAUGAGUAUUUAUAUUUUUUUGUCACUCACUUCAAUAUGAAAAUGAUAGCAACAUUUUUGUAUCGAUUUCAGUAAUAUAUUUCCUAUAGAUAUUAAGAUUGUGCCUUAUCAAUGACCUGAUGCAAAAUAAAGGUUUGGAAAAAUGCCAUAAAAUCAAAAUUA